AAUAUUUCAGCUAGACUAUAUAGGUAAGAAGGAAUCAAUCCAAACAUUGCUAUUCUGACUUUAAGUUAAAGAGAAAAAUGACUUUAAAAAUUUAUAUUUUUAUUCUGUCGCAGUUUUUGCUGAUUGAAAAUAUCAGAAGUGGUGGUGACAUUGUAUGUGAAAACGAUUGUGGCCAGAUCAAUCCUUCUUUAGUACAACUAAAUGUCAUUCUUUAUUCAGCUAGAGGCGAUCUUUCUAAUGCAAGAAAUGUAAUCUUUGAUGUACUUGGGAAAUCUGCUUACCAACAAGCAGAUGCUUUGGCAGUAGAACUGAGAAACGCUGAGGCACAGGAAGAAAAAGACGAUUUGAAAAGAUUACUUGCAGAAAUAACGUAUGAUUCGAACAAUGGCGAAAACCAAGAAGCUAUGGAAGAGGCGAUUUCCGGAAUACAAGACAAACUUGACGAAUUAGCAGCAAUGCUUGCUGUAAUAGCAGAUUUUAAGAAACCAGAUUGCAGUCAAUGUGAUGGUGUGCAAGGAAUUUUAGAUCAAGCCCCAGGCCUUAUAAAUCCUGAACAAUUUCGGCUAGACAUAUUGCAAAACAUUGUCGAAUACACGACACCUAUUUGAAAAUGUAAUUGCUGUUAAAAAUAAAGAAAUGAAAAUUCAGGCAACUCUUUUGUUUUCCUAUGAGCCGUGAAUUUAUUAUUGAAUUUGAUAAGCCUAGAAAAAAU